UGAGGUGUUCAUGUUUCAACUUUUCCUUGCUUGAACAAAUUUAAGAGCCAGGCCUAUCAUAUCAUGGUAAAUCAUGGACUCUGUUUCUUGACGAUGCAAAUGCAAACAAAACCAACUUCUUCAAUUUUCUAUAACCGCUUCUUUUUUCCUCUCAAAACUACAACAUUUUCACUCCACACAGCAACAAAGAGCAGCUCCUUCAUUGACUCCGCGAAAACCCGCAACAAAGCUUCCAAAUUCCUUGUUUACUGCAAUACCCAGAUCACUCAAAAUGGUAGAAAUGGUAAUAUCGAAGCAGCCGAGUCAAUCUUCUACCGCAUGCCUUUCAAAAGCACCGUGUCUUGGACUGCCAUGUUGACAGCGUAUGCGGAUAAUGGGAAAAUUUCAAAAGCCCGUGAAGUAUUCGAUGAAAUGCCGGAAAGAACAACUUCUUCGUAUAAUGCGAUGAUUACGGCUUAUAAUAAGAACGGUUGUAUGGUAGAUGAAGCCUAUAAGCUUUUCUGCAACAUGUCCGAGCGGAAUGCUGUGAGUUAUGCCGCGAUGAUCACGGGGUUUGUUAAUAAGGGAAGGUUUGACAAGGCUAUGGAAAUUUACGAAAAUACCCCUGCAAAAUGGCGGGAACCGGUUUGUUCAAAUGUAUUGAUUAAUGGGUAUUUGAAAGUUGGGAGAUUAGAUGAGGCGGUUGGCGUUUCCGAAGGCAUGGUUGAGAGGGAUGUUGUUUCUUGGAGCUUAAUGGUUGAUGGGUAUUGCAAAAGUGGGAGACUUGCGGAAGCUAGAAAGUUGUUUGAUAAGAUGGUGGAGAGAAAUGUGGUUACUUGGACAACAAUGAUCAAUGGGUACAUGAAAAUGGGAAAUUUAAUUGAUGGUUUUGGUUUAUUUUCGAGUAUGAGAAAGGAAAGUGGAGUUUUGGUUAAUUCUACUACGUUGAGUAUUAUGGUUGAAGCUUGUGGAAAUUUUGAUAGAUAUAGAGAAGGAAUUCAAAUGCAUGGGCUGGUUUUGCAGUUUGGAUUUGAAUUUGAUGUUUUUUUAGGGAAUUCUAUUAUUACUAUGUAUUGUAGAUUUGGUUGUAUUUAUGCUGCUAAUUUGGUAUUUAAUAUGAUGAGGAAGAAAGAUUUGGUUUCUUGGAAUUCUUUGAUCACGGGAUAUGUUCAAGAGAAUGAAGUUGAGGAAGCUUAUGAUCUUUUUGAGAAGAUGCCUAAAAGGGAUGUAGUUUCCUGGACUACCAUGAUUAUGGGGUUUUCUAGCAAAGGACAAACUGAAAAAUCUGUUGAGUUAUUUAGGAUGAUGCCUGAAAAAGACAAUGUUGCUUGGACUGCAGUAAUUUCAGGGUUUGUGAGUAAUGAGAUGUACGAAGAGGCUUUUUGCUGGUUUACUGAGAUGCUUCAGAAAUCAGUAAAGCCAAAUUCUCUUACUUUGAGCAGUUUAUUGAGUGCUUCAGCCAAUUUGGCAAUACUAACCCAAGGGCAGCAGAUCCAUGGACAAGCAAUAAAGGUGCAUCUGGAAUUUGAUCUGUCAAUUCAAAAUUCACUUGUCUCGAUGUAUUUAAAAUGUGGAAAUGUAUCUGAUGCCUGUCAGGUCUUUAUGAGUAUUAAAGAACCAAAUAUUGUUUCUUUUAAUUCAAUGAUUACUGGCUUUGCUCAAAAUGGAUUUGGUGAAGAAGCUCUUAAAUUAUUUAGGAAAAUGCAGAGUGAAGGCCAGGAGCCAAAUCAGAUAACCUUUCUUGCUGUUUUGUCUGCCUGCACCCAUGUUGGACUUGUUAAAGUAGGAUGGGAAUACUUUAAAUCCAUGAAAUCCUUAUAUAAUAUAGAACCGACGCCUGAUCACUAUGCAUGCAUGGUUGAUCUCCUUGGCCGAGCUGGAUUGUUUGAUGAAGCAGUUGAUUUAAUUUAUUCAAUGCCUUCUGAGCCCCAUACUGGAGUUUGGGGAGCUCUCCUGGGUGCAAGCAGAACUCACCUCCGUCUUGAUCUGGCAAAGCUUGCAGCUCAGCAGCUUACAAAAUUGGACCCAGAUAAUGCAACUCCUUAUGUUGUUUUGUCCAAUUUAUAUUCUAUCCUGGGAAAGAAGAAAGAUGGAGACCAAGUAAGAAUGGACAAGAAAUCAAAAGGAAUAAAGAAGAGCCCUGGGUGUAGUUGGGUGAUAGUGAAGGACAAAGUUCAUUUGUUUCUCGCAGGUGAUCAAUCUCAUAAGGAUUCAGAAGAGAUUAGAGUUACAUUACGGACAAUUGUGAAGGAGAUGGAAGAGCUAGGUUGUUAUAGAAAAUGAAUGACUCCCUUUCUUCUGCAUGUUAUAGAUAAAACCGCUAGAGAAGCUCUUCAUCUUUCUCCUCCAUUGGUCUCUUCUGCGUAAUAGUUAUUAUUUAAGGCUUGUGGCUUUGUUGAAGGGCCCAGUGGUGGUUCUUGAGGUUUUCCAUGCCAUUAUUCACGUGUGAGCAUGAUGCAUUGUAGAUAAUGGCAUGGUGAAGACAAAAGUGAAGAAUGUGUUAACUGGGAGGAUGGAUGCAUAGCUUGAAAUUCUCAUUUGACCAGCUUUUUGGGUGAGGCUAAAAGAUGAUGAUGUUGAUGGUGGGGCUCUUAUUGGAAUAUGAGAACCAUGCUUAUUGCCCUCUCAUGGGUGUUGCUAGAGCUCACAUGUAAUUUACAGGUAACCCAGUUUGUAAAAGAGGUGCUUUUUCAGCCACCGAAGUAUGUAGAGCAGUUUGUCAUCCAAAUCAACCACUGUCACCACAACAAGCUUUACCUCUGCUACCAUUAUGAAUCCCAUCCUCAGCUUUGACAAUAUGAACAAAAUGCCUUCAUCAUCACUAGUGAUGUUGCAUUGCUACUAAAAGGAGACAACUUGACCAUCCCAUCUUGUUGUGCCACUCUGUGUUCACUUCCUAUUCUAUGUCAAGAAUGCAGUGCAUUGGUACUAGUUUGAACUGGAAUUGUGACAGUUAAAUGCUUGGGUAAGGGAAAUGAUGUAUGCUUUUUCUGUCUUGAUGUCAACAGGGUUGGACUUCCAGUUUGCCUCUCCUGAUUAUGUUUACUUGAAUGGGGAAAUUGUAUUGUACAGGAGAGUUUAUGUGAUAGCUUGUACUAUGUUGGUGCAAAACUGUCAGAACUAACAUGAUAAUUGCCAUCACGUAGAUCCGAUCUAUACUGUCUUUCAUACCUGUGGCAGGAAAAAGGUUACCAUAGCUGUCUUUUAAUUUGAUUUGUAUUUUUUUUUUAUUUCUUAGCCUUUCAUCCCCCCUUGGUUUCUAUUCUCAGACCUGCUUGGAAAUUCAUUAAAAUUCACAAGCAGCCAUGCCUGCAUCUCAGGUAGUCCCACAGGCCAUGUUGACAGAGUUCCCUUUUCCCCUGUGACCUGAUACAACUACUCCAGUAUUUAAUGAGACCUAGCAUUUUAUUAAUUGAGUAUCUAAUUUCAUGAUCAAACUGAAGGAGUAAUUAUCAGAAUGGACUUGGAAAGACUUUUAUUGAUUGAUGGUUGAAUGCAGAAUGGCUUUAAUUUCA